UUACGACAGAUCCCUAACCCAGCCCUGCCUGCAGUGCUAACUGUGACGAUUUCAGCUCCUGUGGUUCUACUCAACCUCCUCCUCUACCAGGGCUAGCAACCGCGUUCUCCUCAAACCCAUGUCCAAUUCUUCCAGGAUCCGGUGAGGGAGACAAAACUGAUCGGGCCUCCAGACGACACAAGUGCUACCUCAGCCUGCAUGGUCCUACUGCCCUGUUGGUAGUAGCUAGUGUGAAGAAAGACGCCAGUCCUCGUCCCCCUACCUACCAUCCACCCCGAAACGCACUCACUCUCAUCAGUCCAUCCUCAUAUCCUCUCUUUCUACUCUCUGUCUGUCUAUCUCUACCUUACACUCUUCCUCUCCCUCCCUCCUUCCCCUCACCUCCACUCUCCCGGUUCAGCCCAUGACUUCUGGGCUGCUACCAUGGCUUACAGUUCACGCUUUUCAUUCUGGCGGCAAAAGGUUGAAGUUGAAACCAAACCAGCCUCAGAUUCUGAUGGUGAGGAAGCUGAAACAGAAACAAGUGGUGACCCACAGCCAUUGACAUCAUCAACCAGGAGUGACAGUGUCAUGGGAGGCCCUGACCCACCAGCCGCCUCCUCCAGGCAGGAGAGCACAGAGGACCAAGGUCCCACUCGGAAGAAGGGGGUGGUUAUUAGGAGGGUGGUGAGGAGGGUAGUGCCUGGGGUGGAGGAGCAGCCUCAGGCCCCCAGCACAGAGCCUCCUAAAGCUGCCCCUAUAGCCACAUCUGUACCCAAGACUGCUCCCCUCUCCGGCACAAAGGAUGAGAAGGAUGACAUCUCCAUGGGUCUGGCCAGCCUGAUGGGCCGAGGGAGGACCAAGGAUCACCGGCCUCGCACCCGUACUCAAGACCGCAAGGAGGAUAAAGAGGAGGAGGAAGAGAAGGAGGUAGAGAGCCAGGAGCCUCCAGCAGUAAAAGAAGAUGAGGCCCCGUCCACCUCCGUGUCCACUCCUGCUCCCCCCACCCCAGCUCCCCCCAAAUCAAACCCCACCAUCCCUCCUACAGGGUUCAUACCCACACCCGCACCGAAAGCCAACCCCCUCGCCCCUCCUCCAGGCUUCAUCCCUGCACCCAAAACCAAAGCCAACCCCCUUGCCCCCCCUCCAGGUUUCAUCCCUGCCCCUGUGCCAAAAAACAACCUUUUUGCCCCUCCUCCAGGCUUCAUUCCUGCCCCAAGACAAAAUCCCCUUGCCCGGCCCCCAGGUUUUAUCCCUGCCCCGAAAUCCGACCCUCUUGCCCCCCCUCCAGGGUUCGUCCCUGCCCCUCGCUCAUGGGCUGUAAAGAAACCAGAGGUGAAGGCAGCUUCUGGUCCCUCUGCCGCCCCUGCUGGGAAGCCCUCCUCUGGGAGUGCUCAGUCCCAGCCUCAGGGCACCCCUGGCUCCAAAGAACAGGUUCCAGAGCUGGUCCCUACAGACGAGAACCACAGGCGUCUGAGAAAUAUCCUCACCGGAGCUGGGUCUACUACACAGUUGCAUCAGGACCCCGUGGCCCUCCUGCAGGCGGCCCACGCGGCCGCCUCUCAACCCAAGGUGAAGACCGAGGAGCAAAUAGCUGCAGAGAAGGCCUGGUACGGCACAGAGAAAGUAUGGCUGGUUCACAAGGAUGGAUUCUCCUUGGCGACCCUGUUGAAGACGGAGCCAAGCAGUCUGCCAGAGGGGAAAGUCAAGAUAAGACUGGAGAGCGACGGCUCGUUGCUGGAUGUGGAUGAAGAUGAUGUGGAGAAGGCCAACCCUCCAUUGUUUGACCGCGUGGAGGACCUGUCCUCGCUGCAGUACCUCAAUGAGUCCAGUGUGAUGCACUCUCUGCGCCAGCGCUACGGGGGUAACCUCAUCCACACCCACGCUGGGCCCAACAUGGUGGUCAUCAACCCCAUCAGCGCCCCCUCCAUGUACUCUGAGAAGGUGAUGCACAUGUUUAAGGGGUGCAGGAGGGAGGACACGGCACCUCACAUCUAUGGUGUUGCCCAGUCAGCCUAUAGGAACCUGUUGACCACGCGUCAGGACCAGUCUAUUGUGCUGCUGGGCAAGAGCGGCAGCGGCAAGACUAUCAACUGUCAACACCUGGUCCAGUACCUGGUCACCAUCGCUGGCAGCACUGGCAAGACCUUCUCUGCGGAGAAGUGGCAGGCGGUCUAUACCAUCCUGGAGGCUUUUGGGAACAGCUCCACAUCCAUGAACGGGAACGCCAGUCGCUUUUCCCACAUCGUGUCCCUGGACUUUGACCAGGCUGGCCAGGUGGCCUCGGCCUCCAUUCAGACCAUGCUGCUGGAGAAGCUAAGGGUGACCAGGCGGCCAGAGGGAGAGUCCACCUUCAAUGUCUUCUACUACAUGAUGGCUGGAGCUGACAGUUCUCUAAAGACUGAGCUGCACUUUAACCACUUUGCUGAAAACAGCGCCUUCGGAAUCAUGCCUCAACCCAAGUCUGAAGACAAGCAGCGGGCCUCCCAGCAGUUCACCAAGCUGCAGGCAGCUAUGAAGGUCCUGGGGAUCAGUGGGGAGGAGCAGAGGGCCUUCUGGCUGGUCCUGGGGGCCAUCUACCAUCUAGGAGCUGCAGGGGCCACCAAGGUGUCAGUCAUCGAGGAAAUUGACGAAGAGAAAGCCGGUAGGAAACAAUUUGCACGUCAUGAGUGGGCGCAGAAGGCUGCCUACCUGCUGGGCUGCACCCUGGAAGAGCUCUCCUCCUCCAUCUUCAAGCACCAGGCCAAGGGCACCCUGCCCAGAGCCAGCACUAUACGCCAGGGGACAGACGAUGCAGCAGGAGAAGCCUCAGGUUCCAAGGCCACAGCCAUGGAGUGUUUAGAAGCCAUGGCAUCUGGGCUGUACUCAGAGCUCUUCACCCUCCUCGUCUCCCUCAUCAACAGGGCUCUGAAGUCCAGCCAGCACUCUCUGUGCUCCCUGCUCAUCGUGGACACCCCGGGCUUUCAGAACCCUCGCCUGGCCAAGCGGGAGCGCGGCGCCACCUUUGAAGAGCUCUGCCAUAACUACACCCAGGAGCGCCUGCAGACACUGUUCUAUCAGCGCACCUUUGUACAGGAGCUAGAGAGAUACAAAGAGGAGAACAUAGAGCUUCCAUUAGAUGACAUGGAACCUAACACCUCUCUGUCUGUAGCUGCAGUAGACCAAGCGUCAAGUCAAGCACUGGUGCGGACGCUGAGGACUGAUGAGGCGCGGGGCCUGUUGUGGCUGAUGGAGGAGGAGGCUCUGCAGCCUGGGGGUUCUGAGGACACUCUACUGGGACGUCUCUUCAGCUACUAUGGCCCUGCCGAGGGCGAGAGCAAAGGUCACACCUUGCUGUUGAAGAGUGAGAGACUACAUCACUUCCUGCUGGGCCACAGCCAUGGUACAGACUGGGUGGAGUAUGACGCCCGUGGUUGGCUGAGCCAUGCUAAACAGAACCCUGUCUCGACCAACGCAGGGAGUCUCCUACAGGACUCCCAAAAGAAGAACAUCAGUGGUCUGUUUAUGAGUCGAGGGGGUGGGGCCACCAUCCUGUCAGGCUCCAUUGCUGGCCUGGAGGGCGUUUCCCAGCUGACCUUGCGGCGUGCCACCAGCAUGAGGAAGACCUUCACCACCGGGGUGGCAGCUGUCAAGAAGAAGUCCCUCUGCAUCCAGAUCAAACUACAAGUGGACGCUCUGCUGGACACGGUAAGGAGGUCCAGGGUUCACUUUGUCCACUGCUUGCUGCCCAAUGCUGAUGCCCUGCGGGCGGGCAGAGGGGAAUUGGAGGCCCAGGGGGAAAGUGGAGACUCUGGCCUGAUGCAGCUGGAUGUGGCCCUGCUCCGGUCCCAGCUCCGCGGCUCCAAGCUGCUGGACGCCCUCAGAAUCUACAGACAAGGAUACCCUGAUCACAUGGUCUUCUCAGAAUUCCGCCGCCGCUUCGAUGUGCUGGCACCACACCUGACCAAGAAACUUGGCCGCAACUACAUAGUGAAGGAUGAGAAGAGGGCGGUAGAGGAGUUGCUGGAGUCCCUGGACCUGGAGAAGAGCAGCUAUCACAUGGGACUGAGUAGGUUGUUCUUCAGAGCAGGGACCUUGGCUAAACUGGAGGAGCAGCGGGAUGAGCAGACCAGACACAACAUCACCCUGUUCCAAGCAGCCUGCAGUGGAUACCUGGCCAGACAGGCCUUCAAGAAGAGGAAGACCCACGACCUGGCCAUCCGCUGCAUCCAGAAGAACAUCAAGAAGAACAAGGGAGUGAAGGGCUGGCCCUGGUGGAAGCUGUUCACCACCGUACGGCCGCUUAUCGAGGUGCAGCUCACAGAGGAACAGAUUCGAGGAAAAGAUGAGGAGAUCCAGCAUCUGAAGGGCAAGCUGGAGAAGACUGAGAAAGAGAGGAACGAACUGAGACUGAACAGUGAUCGACUGGAGAGCAGGAUCACAGAGUUGUCAGCGGAGCUUGCGGAUGAGAGGAACACUGGAGAGUCGGCCUCCCAGCUGCUGGAGACCGAGACGUCUGAGAGACUGAGACUGGAGAAAGACAUGAAGGACCUACAGGCUAAGUUUGACUUGAUGAAGAAGCAGAUGGAGUGUAUGGAGAUGGAGGUGAUGGAGGCUCGUCUCAUCAGAACGGCAGAGCUCAACGGGGACAUGGACGAUGACGAUGAUGAUGCAGGAGGAGAGUGGCGGCUGAAGUACGACCGAGCCAUCCGGGAGACGGAGUUCACCAAGAAGAGACUUCAGCAGGAGUUUGAAGACAAGCUGGAGACUGAGCAGCAGAGUAAAAGACACCUGGAGAGAAGGCUGACUGACUUGCAGGCGGACAGUGAUGAGGUGCAGCGCUCUGUGCAGCAGCUGAAGAAGAAGUGUAGCAGAUUGACGGCUGAGCUGCAGGACACCAAGCUGCACCUGGAGGGCCAGCAGAGCCGCAACCACGACCUGGAGAAGAAACAGAGGAAGUUUGACUUGGAGCAGAGCCAGGCCCAGGACGAGGUGCUGAGGGAGAAGAACCUGAGAGAGAAGCUGGGCCGGGAGAGAGACAUGAUGACUGGGGAGCUGUUCAGUCUGCGCCAGCAGCUGCAGGACAAAGACAUGGAGCUGUGUGCCGUCCAGCUGAAGGUGGAGCAGCUGGAUGCAGAGCUACAGGACCUGUCCUCCCAGGAGUCCAAGGACGAGGCGUCACUGUCCAAGACCAAGAAGACCCUCCGUGACCUGGAGGCCAAGGUCAAAGACCAGGAAGAGGAGUUGGACGAGCAGGCCGGGACCAUCCAGAUGCUGGAGCAGGCCAAGCUGCGUCUGGAGAUGGAGAUGGUGAGUCUGCGGCAGACCCACUCCAAAGACAUCGAGAGCAAGGAUGAGGAGGUGGAGGAGAUCAGGCAGUCCUGCAGUAAGAAGCUGAAGCAGAUGGAGGUACAGCUGGAGGAGGAGUAUGAUGACAAGCAGAAAGUCCUGCGUGAGAGGAGAGAGCUGGAGACCAAACUGCUGUCUGCCCAGGAUCAGGUGGGCUGCAGGGACGUGGAGACAGAGAAGAGGCUGAGGAAGGACCUGAAACGCACCAAAGUGCUGCUGGCUGACGCCCAGAUCAUGCUGGAUCACAUGAAGAACAACGCCCCCAGCAAGAGAGAGACCGCCCAGCUCAAAAACCAGCUGGAGGAGUCAGAGUUCACAUGUGCGGCGGCGGUGAAGUCUCGUAAGGGCAUGGAGAUAGAGAUCGAGGACCUGCACAUCCAGAUGGAGGACGUGGUCAAAGUCAAGAUGUCGCUUGAGGAGCAGGUGUCCCGUCUGCAAAGGGAGAAGAACGACCUGCAGUCUCGUAUGGAGGAGGACCAGGAGGAUAUGAACGAGCUGAUGAAGAAACACAAGGCUGCCGUCUCCCAGUCUGCCAGAGACCUGGCCCAGAUCAGUGACCUGCAGGCCCAGCUGGAGGAAGCCAUGAAGGAGAAGCAGGAGAUCCAGGACAAGUUGCAGUCCCUGCAGAGCCAGCUGGAGUUCCAGGAGCAGUCCAUGGUGGAGAAGUCCCUGGUCAGCAGGCAGGAGGCCAAGAUCCGCGAGCUCGAGACCAAGCUGGAGUACGAGAGGACCCAGAUCAAACGCCUGGAGAGCCUGACAGGUCGUCUGAAGGAGAACCUGGAGAAGAUGACGGAGGAGAGAGACCACCGCGCUAAUGGAGAGAACAGGGAGAAGGAGCAGAACAAACGCAUACAGAGACAGAUGAGGGACAUCAAAGAGGAGAUGGCUGAGCUGUCCAAGAAGGAGGCCGAGGCCAGCCGCAAGAAGCACGAGCUGGAAAUGGACAUAGAGAGUCUGGAGGCAGCCAAUCAGAGUCUGCAGGCAGACCUCAAGCUGGCCUUCAAGAGGAUUGGAGACUUGCAGGCCGCCAUAGAGGACGAGAUGGUCGACAGUGACGGCGACGAUGACCUCGUAAAUAAUUUACAAGACAUGGUGACAAAGUAUCAGAAACGAAAGAACAAAACUGGUGACGAGUCGGACACAGACUCAGAGGUGGAGGACCGUGUGGACGGGGUCAAGUCCUGGCUGUCCAAGAAUAAGGGCUCCACCAAGACUCUGUCAGACGAGGGCAGUCUGAAGAGCUCCAGAUAUGCAGUGAAUGUAGAUGCCAAGGAAGGCAAAGAGGUUAAGGAGAUUAAAGAAGGUAGCAAGGAAGGCAAAGAGAGCAAAGAAGUAGACAGCAGAUCGGUGUCUGUGAUGAGUUCCCUUAGCUACAGGAAGCGUUCCAACAUGAAAGACUCUAUCGGAGGCCAGGGGGACGAGAGCUCCCUCUUCAGUACGCUAAAGGAACAGUCCGACACCCCGGAUCGCUCCUCCCUACGCAAGGCCAAGUCUAAGUCCACAGACCAGGAUGACAGGAAGAAGUCACAAGAUGAUGAUGAUGACCGUGGUUCGGUUAUCUCCCAGGCCUACUCUGAGGCCACCAGCAGGGCCAGGAAGGGUCUGGAGCGCCGCUGGGCCCCACACAGCCCUGACUUUGACAAAGACUCCAUGGUGUCCUCGAUGGCCCCGAGCAGGUCCAGCCGUAGAGCCAUGCCAAACAUGGAUGAUGACAAUAUGUCCACCAUUAGCAGCAUCACCAGUGUUAGUCGUACCAGCCCUCGUGGCCUGCGACGUAGCACCUCCUGGAAGGAUGAUGGGCGUAGCGAUUCAUACGGGACCUCGGUCAGCCCCAACAUGAGCAGGCGCACUGGGGGUCGCAGCCCAGGCAGCGUGAGCAAGGCUGACUCACGUAUAUCUGUGGCCCGCAGCAGCCGGCUCAGUGAGUUCGGCCUGCGCAUGGACGACGAUGAUGAUGCUCUGAGCAUGGCCUUCAGUCAGGGAACCUCUGCCUACAGCCCCCACUCCCUAGGCCGCAGCUUCUCCACCCCGGCCCAGCCUCGCUCCUCUGACGACAAACCCCCAGACACCUCUGACAUUAAGGCUGUCACCCACCGCAACUACCUUGACCCUGACCUGGAGAAGGCCAUCAACGAGGUCCUCAGCUUCAAGCCCAUCAAGUUCAAACGCAGCAAACUGGACGAGUCUGACGACGAGGAAGAGAAUGAGGAAAAGAAAAAUGAGGAUGACCGGAACAGUGUGAAGGGGGAUGACAAGGGUCUUGGCCGUAGUGCAUCCAGCGUGCGUCGCUCAGCGUCUGGCUCGGCAGUGGACUACAGCACCAGGUCCUCCAGCAGCUUCAGCACCAGCAGCUCCAGCUCCCGCAGAGGCAAGGCCAAGAAGAAGAUCUCCUCAGAGAGCUCCUCAGACUCAGACGACCGCCACAGCAGGAAGAGCUCCAAGAAGAAGGGAAAGAAGUCCAGGAAGGGCUCCAGGAAGAAAGAGAGCGAGUCUGAAUCUUCCUCUUCAGAGUCCUCCUCUUCCUCCAGCUCGGCCUCCACUGGCUCCUACCGCAGCUCCAACAGUGUGAAGAGAGGUCCAGCUCGCCCUGCCUCAGAUGAGGAAGAGGUCACUGAACAGAGACCCCCAAGUAAGAAGGAUGAGAAGAAAAAGAAGAAGAAGAUGGACAGCAUGGUGAUGAAAUAUCUCUACAAGCCUGAUAGUGACUAAAGCCCCUGGCCAGCACCCUCCUCUGUACCGGAGACACCUCAGUGAAGAGGACAAAGAGGAGAGGGGUUCGAGCAGACACUCCUUGAAGGAAAGUGACAGUGAUAGCAAGCUGGCAGAGUCCACAGCGUAACAGAGACUGUCACAUCUCUCACUACCCCCAACAUCCUACACGAACACACCAGAGACAGAUAUAAUGCUUUAUUUAAUCAAAAUACACCUCCCCCAUACCAUCCUCAUUUGAACAUCGGUGAGCAAUGCUAGCUAGAACCACAUGCAAGAACAGGGGAAGGUCAAAGUGCACAUACUGUAGAACUCACCAUGGUUCAAUCUAAAUGGAAUGUGGCAUAGGCAUUUCCCGUUGCUACUAAGAGCUUUGAAGAAUUCUUUACAGGGUGAUUUGGAAAAGUGAAAUUCCAUCAUAGAAUCUUACAGCAUAGUGUCCACCUCAGCUCUGCAGCUUUGAAGCAAUAUAAGUAUAGAGCUUAGCACCAAUGGCAUAUUUUAAGAUAUGUCUGUAGAGCUUAUCACCACUGGCUUAUUUAAGAGAACUGCUUUUCAUAGGCUAACUUAUGGUCCCGUUGUCAUCUGUUGUUUGAGGACUGGAGAGCUUGUGGUUUAUUCAAAUGACUGUAGCAGGCUCGGUUUAAGUCUCCCUUACAAUGUGACUUCUCACUGCAGGCCUAUAUGCCUGACAGUCCAGUAUAUCCUCCUUUGCACUUAGAUAUGCCAUUGUCUCCUCUACAUGUGUUUGGACUGUCUCUGGUCAUGCGCUUCAAACAAUAUUUAGCCAAUAUCAGUAACUAGAAGAAAGACUUAUCUUGUUUUGAGACUGUUUUGUUUUUCUAUCAAUGUGGGAAAGUAUGGUUCUUAUUGAACGGGAGGGGAGCUGCUUUGAGGGAAAACGAUUGGAUCUGCUACAUUUGCGUACAGUAGUUCAUGCUGGAAUGUUUUUGGUCUGGAUCGUUUAAAGCUCAGCCGUGCUUUUGUCUCCUCGUGUCAUGUCUGUUGGUUUUCAAAGGGAAUAUAUUUACUAUCUGUUAUGAUGGGGGGGCUUUCUAGGGAUCUUCAUCUUUCAAGAUACACGUGCUGGAUAUAUAUCAUUAUUUUUUUUAAAUCUGUUUUUAUUUGAGACAAAUGGCCUAAGUGCUAUAAGCCCCCCUCCCUUAUGGGGAAAAACAUGUAUGCGACAAAAGUUCUAAUGUAUACUGAACGAAAAUAUAAACGCAACAUGUGAAGUGUUAGUCUCAUGAUUUCAUGAGCUGAAAUAAAAGAUCCCAGAAUUUGACCAAAUGCACAGAAAGCUUAUUUCUCUCAAAUCUUGAGAUUUCUCCCAAAAUUUGUUUACAUCCCUGUUAGUGAGCAUUUCUCCUCGGCCAAGAUAAUCCAUCCACCUGACAGAUGUGGCAUAUCAAGAAGCUGAUUAAACAGCAUGAUCAUUACACAGGUGCACCUUGUGCUGCGCAUAAUAAAAGGCUCUAAAAUGUGCACAACACAAAGUUUUGAGGGAGCGUGCAAUUGGCAUGCUGACUGUAGGAAUAUCCACCAGAGCUGUUGCCAGAUAAUUGAAUGUUGAUUUCUCUACCAUAAGCUGCCACCAAUGUUGUUUUAGAGAAUUUGGUAGUAUGUCCAACAGACCACGUGUAGCCGCGCCAGCCCAGGACCUCCACAUCUGGCCUCUUCACCUGCUGGAUCGUCUGAGACCAGCCACCCGGACAGCUGAGGAGUAUUUCUGUCUGUAAUAAAACCCUUUUGUGUAGAAAAAAUCAUUCUAAUUGGCUGUGCCUUGCUCCCCAGUGGGUGGACCAAUCUCCCAUAGGCCCACCCGUGGUUGUGCCCUUACCCAGUCAUGUGAGGGACAACUUAUUUCAAUUGACUGAUUUCCUUAUAUGAACUGUAACUCAGUGAAAUUGUUGCAUGUUGCGUUUUUAUAUUUUUGUUCGGUAUAAAAUCCUCUGAGAUCCCUGGAAGAAUUGUCUCAUGUAGGAUACACUGUAUCUGUAUUUGGCCUUACUGAGUGACAAUGAUAUCCUUUAGAUUAACGUGACCUUAUUCAUUUUCAUUAAUAAAUAUGCAAAUGUUGUAUCUCUAUGUAGAAUAGUGUGGGGAAAGGUGUGUCUGUGUGUGUGUUUGCGUAUGUACACAAGUGUAUAUCCGUGUGUGUGUGUCCAUGUUUCCAUUGCUCCAGUCUGUGGGACAGACUAUUUGCAUAUAUUUUCUUGUUUUCACACUUCUAGUUUUUUUUAUGCAUUAGAUACAACUAUAAUAUGGAACACUGGACACUUUGUCAAUGCUUCUGAGUUGGGAUUUGUUAAAUAAAAAUAUGAGUGUUAAAUGUUUGUAUGUUUUUGCAUCUGAAUAGGCAUUGUUGGCUUUCCACAAUAUUAAUAUAUAAAACAUUUGAAAUGAUUGUAUAUUCAUCAUAGCUUUUCAAACAGGUUUGUUUAUUUUCAUUAUAUUGACCACUUGUGAUAGGAAUGCUUUUUUUUGGCAUUAAUUUUUAUGUAAAUAAAUGCAGGGGUUUGUUUACAGUAA